UCUGUUUGUGGAGCUAUGGACCAGAAAGUGACUAUCGUUUCAAGGCUGGAGUGGAGUGCAGCCUCCCCUCGAAACAGGGAGGCUUUGAGCGGCCCUGCCCAGAGAGUUAUCAUACACCACACUGCUCUCGCAAACUACACAAACCAGAGGCAGUGCAUGGACCACCUGCUCAGCAUUCAGAGACUACAUAUGAAAGAUAGGGGCUUUGAUGACAUUGGAUAUAAUUUUCUAGUUGGAGCAGAUGGUACCGUGUAUGAGGGCCGUGGCUGGGGCGUGGUGGGAGCACAUACCAAAGGCUACAAUCAUGACUCGUUGGGGAUCGCCUUCAUGGGCAAUUUCAACAAUGACGCGCCAAGCAAAGAGGCAAUAUCGUCAGUCAAACAGCUGCUGCAGUCCGGGGUUUUUCAGGGAUUUUUACAGUCAAAGUUCGACCUGUUUGGACACAAAGAUUUGGGCAACACAGAAUGUCCAGGAAAGAAACUUUACAUUGCACUAUCACAACUGAGGACUACCGGAUAAAGCUCACUGCAUGGUUUAAAAUUCGCACAAAACACCACCAUCAGUUCUU